AUGCACCCGGGAAGGCUCACUUUCUUCUUCUGCGGCCUCAGGCUCUGGGCUGGCUGGUUUUCCCCCACUUUGGCAGCCAGUGGUGGCUUCAGCCAGGUGUUUCAGGCCAGGCACAAGCGCUGGAGGACCCAGUAUGCCAUCAAAUGCUCCCUGUGCCUCCAGAAGGAAACCAGCUCUGAGAUGAGUUGUCUCUUUGAAGAAGCAGUCAAAAUGGAGAAGAUGAAGUUUCAACACUUCGUGUCCGUCUAUGGGGUAUGCAAGCAGCCUCUGGGCAUUGUACUAGAGAUCGUGGUCAGUGGUUCCCUGGAGAAGACACUACCUACCCACAGCCAGUGGCCACUCAAGUUCCGCAUCAUCCACGAGACCAGCUUGGCCAGGAAGUUCCUCCACAGCUUUAAGCUAUACCUGCUCCACCUGGACCUCAAGCCAGGCAACAUCUUACUGGACAGCAACAUGCAUGUCAAGAUUUCAGAUUUUGGCCUGUCCAGGUUGAUGCAGCAGUCAACCCACAUGCAGUACACUGAGAGAUCGGCUCUGAGGGUCACACUCAGCUACAUUCCUCUUGAAACGUUCCUGGAGAAUAGCAGGGCUCCAGGGCCUGAAUAUGAUGUCUAAUAUAUUCCUCAUUACAGCUUUGGGAUUGUCAUCUGGGAGAUUCUCACACAAAAUAAACCAUACACAGGGCUCAAUAUGAUGAACAUCAUCAUCCAGGCAGCUGCAGGCAUGAGGCCCCCCUUGCAGCCUGUCUCUGCCAAAUGACCAGAGGAGGCCCAUCAGAUGUUGGACCUGAUGAAACACUGCCGGGACCAAGACCCCAAGAAGAGACCAUGCUUUCUAACAUAUGUGACCCUGAAGACAGACAUGCUGCUGUCCCUACUCCAGAGUCCUGUGAUGGCAGACCCUGAGUGUGAAGCUCUAGUCCGGAAGGUGUCUUGCAAGCCAUCACUAAGCCAGCCCUACAAGGUUGAUAUGGCAGGCUGGGAAGUCCUCUGUAGGGCAGGCUCUGGUGACUCCUUGAAGUGAACCCCACAGCUCUCUGACAUCAAGAGCUUGGCCCCAAGUGAUGAAGAACUACAUGUCUAUGAACAUAGAUGGUACCUCUACUUCCUAGUGGCCCAGGGUGGUUUAGAGCAAGUGAAGCAACUGCUGUCCCAUAAAGUUGACAUGGACCGCCAGACGAUGUCUGGCUAUACACCACUCCUCAUUGCCACCCAGGACCAGCAACCUGACCUCUGUGCCCUGCUCCUGGAACAUGGUGCUGAUGCCAACUUGGCAGAUGAGGAUGACUGGGCCCCACUGCAUUUUGAAGCCCAGAAUAGGGAUGACCAUAUUGCCCAUCUGCUCCUGAACCAUGGGACCCUGGUGGAUGCCCAGGAGCAUGAGAGCUGGACCCCACUCAGCCUAGCUGCACAGAAUAACUUUGAGAAUGUGGCACAGCUUCUGGCCUCCUGACAGGCAGGUUUCAACCCACAGGAGGCUGAGGGUAAGACGCCCCUCCACGUGGCUGCCUGCUUUGGCUAUAUUGAGCUGGUCAGUCCUCAGCAGAGAAACUUGAGGACACCCCUGCACCUGAUAGUGGAGAGGGGAAAAGAUAGAGCCAUCCAACACCUACUAAAAGGUGGGGAAUUCCCUGAUGCCCUUGACCAUAGUGGUUACAGCCCAUUGCACAUUGCUGUAGCCAAGGGCAAGCAACUUAUCUUCAAGAUGCUUCUCAGAUAUGGAGUCAGACUUGAGCUACCCAUGCAACAGGAAGGAACACCCAUAAAUCUAGCAACUUACAAGGGUCACAUGGAGAUCAUCCUUCUGCUGGCCGAGAGACAUGUAGACCUAGAUGCUCUUAGAAGUAUGCAUGGGACUCCCCUGCACCUGGCUGCCUUCCAUAGGGAGGAGGUGGUGGUGCUAGAGGGCGGGUCCAGCCCCAGUGGUGCUGAACAGUCCGGCUGGACUCCUCUCCACCUGGCAGGGCAGAAGAGGGCCUUCCUGGGCAUCAUUCCUUUGGAGCAUGGUGCUGAUGUCCACGCUUGCAACAAGGUGGCCUGGACAGCUGCCCACCUGACUGGUCUCAAAGGCAACAUAGUCAUUCUCAAAGUUCUGAUCAAGGCUGGUACCCAACUGAACAUCAAGAAUGGAGUUGUCUGCAUACCUCUGCAGCUGAUCCUCCACAGCCCAAAACAGGGCAUAGUGACCUUCCUGGAGGGCAAGGAGCCUCCACUAGCCAUUCUGGGAGUUUCUGAGCCUGGACCUUAG